UAACACCUGGUGUCGGACGCGUCGGGAGAGAGAGCGAAAAGGUCGUGUUCUACGACGGAGGCACACGUGAACGGGAUGUCUUCACGACAUACUUGCGGUCGACGAAACACGCGAAUUCGAUAUACGAGAUCCGCAUGGCAUACGAAUGGACAGGAAUUUGUCAUCAAAUACCUCUGGUCCACCGCUGGGUAUGGGUUGAUAGCUGUGCCGUUGCUUAUCACGGGGAAACGUUCUCUUGGUGUAGGUGCUGUGGAUGGAGAGGGUAAGAGUGACGAAAAGUGGUGACGAAAGUAGAUGAGCGACGCGGAUGGUAUCGUUUCUGCCAGGACAGAAACAAAUACAGGUGACAAAUUCACAUAGCCUAUGGUGAGAGCGGACUGCCGAUACCGUCUAGCGAAAGCGAACCAACCGCGGGGGGUGGUAAUUGUGAACUAACAACACGCACAGAAGACACAGGAGCCAAACGGUUGAAGGCGAUGUAAUGCAAUGGUUCUUUUUUGGGUUUGGGGUUUUUUUCGAGGGGGCUGCGAGAUAUUGUAUAUGAACUUAUAUGUGGACUGUGUAGACACAAGGUCCGUGGUGAUCUAGUAGCAAGGUGUGGCGCUGCUUAGCUUGUAUGUCGUAUGUAGUGACUGCAGCAAGAUUGCAAUACAGGUUAGCAGUUGUUAUUAGGAAGGCACAAAGUUUGUCAACGUAGUGAGACAGUUAUAAAU